UUGGCUAUCCUUGUUGGAAAACUCCGCCUGUGAAAGCCACGUUCGACAGCGCGUGUUGCGAGCGGCAAGGUGUUCAACUCCCCAGAACCAAGAUGGGUUGACGAUUUGGCGAAGCUGUGACCUCCUCUUGCUCAACGCCCGCUCAGCACCCCGGGCAGUACGCACACUGGCAAGUUGGCAUUCGCUUGUGUGUGCGCGAGUCUGUCGUUGCUGUCAUUCCUACGCCUGCUAUAAAUAGGCCCGUCGGUCAUUGACACGAACCUUACACGUCCCACGAUCCCCGGAACACGCACACCCUCACCAUCGGCUUCCAACAACCAACACCGACGAUUCACCCACACAGCAGCAGCAUAGCAGUGCUAGAUAGAGAAAGAAGACAUGGCGGGACCGCACAGUCCCACCCGCCGGGUUCUCUCCGCCAAUCCGCGGCGCCAUGCCGCCACCACUCCCUCCAAAGAACCACCCUCCCGCAAACCCGAACCCCCCAACCUCCCUCCCAGCAACACCGGGCAAAAUCCCAACACCACAAAAGCGUCAAAAGAAACGUCAUCCACCCCCCUCCCCACCCAACUAGCCACCGUCUUUCCCGCCCUCCUCGCCGAAGCCGACCGCCUCACCAAACAAUCCCACUACACCGCCGCCACCUCCCUCUACACCCGCGCCCUCGAGCUCCUGCCCACGCACGCACACGCCUUGUCCUCCCGCGCACGCUGUCUCAUCCUCGCCGGCGACAACGACGGCGCCCUCUCCGACGCCAACCUCGCGCUGAAAUCCGACCCGGACAACGCGCGCGCGCUGGCAUCGAAAGCGGACGCGUUGUUUGCCCGCGGCGAUUUCGAGGACGCGUUGGUGUGGUAUCAUCGCGGCGGAGGGUGUCGGCCGGAUGUGGAGGAGUUCCGACAGGGGGUUGUGAGGGCUACGCAGGCGAUUACGGCGGCCGUGGGCGGGAUCGAUGCGGAGCGGUUGAAGGCGCAACGGAGGAUGGCGCUUGUGAGUGCGGCGGCGGCGGAGGAGGCGGCGGCGGGGGCGGGGAAGAAGAAGAAGAGAGCGGUGCAUCACCCCGGCGCAGUUGGGAAGAAUCUCAGCGCACGGAAUGUGUUUGAUGCCCCGUCACCUCCAACGACAUUGACCCGAACACCCUCAACAACCCUCGCCGCGACCCGUAUUCGCCCCUCGACCGCCUCCCGCCCUUCCUCCGCCCACCACCGCACGCGCCCAACCAGCGCAUCCACCCUACCCCGUGAAACCAUCGAGCGAAACCUCCUAGAAGAACUCUACGACGACCACGCCUUCCUCGCGUCCCUCGCCGCCGACCCGUUGCUCAUGACGGCAGCCGACGGAGCCUUGGCGGCGAUCGUGGAUGAUGGGAGGCACUACAUGGAGGGGAGGUUGGAGUAUUGGAGGGCGAGGAAUCCGAGUGGGAGGCCGGCAAGUGCGAUCAGACGGCCGGGGAGUGGGGUGAGACGGCCCGCGAGCGCAGGGAACAAAGGGAGGCCAGCGAGUGCUAGGAGUGGAGCGAGGCCCGGGGCGGCGACGCCGGUGAGGAGGAUGAAGGAGUGGAUUUGUUGACGGGGAAUGGAAGUGGGGCAUACCCGGCUUGCAAUUUUUUGGUUCUUUUUUGGUACGCUCUCUCUGCCGAGAACAACAACGUGGGGGGAACGCUAGACAGGCCGACCGACACAUUUGGCAUCCAAUU